AUGACAAGUUCGAAUAAAGUUCGUCGUUAUCUGCAGCAUCAUAAGCUUAAUUCUGCAGAUUCCAAUAAUUGUCAAGAGUCUGUCGCACAAUUGUUAGUUGCCGAUUCAACGUCGUUGACAGCUACGAUGCGCAAAUUUAAAGGCAAAACUCAACAACAGUCAUCAACAACAAGAAUAUUAAUCCCACAAAUUUGUGUUGAUAACAAUGAUGAUGACGAUGUUUAUGAUGAUGAUCGGCAUGUUGCUAUACUCAAUGAUUUUGAUCAAGUUCUAGAUAAUGAAUUAAAACGUGCGACUGUUUUACGUACAUUAUCACUUAAACAAAAGGAAUCAACACAACAUAUAGAAAUGCCUAUUAAUCAACAACGAAGUUAUUCAUUUGCACUUGGUUCAAAAAGCAAUUUACACGGUGAAAACGAUAAUAAUAAUGAUGAUGAUGACGACGAAUCUAUGAAUAUAAGACAAUCCAAAGCAGUGAAACAGCGAGCUAAUUCUAAGUCAAGUUUGUCAAAAGAGACAUUUUCACGUUUAUUUCAGUCUCUUACAUUUCGGACAGGGAGUCAAUUAACGUCAAAAAUAUCCAUUACAAAAACGGAUUCUCAAAAUCAGCAACAUUCAUGUCUAGCUUGUCAAAACUAUCAAACUCUUGAUUUAAUACCUAAAAAUAGAAAACGUCCAUCUAUAUUUGGUGUUCUCGUUUCAAAACUUAAUACAUCAACAAACACAUUCGGAAAUUCUAUGAAACGUUGUUCCGUAUGUAAAAGACCAUUAUCAAAAUCAAUUUCAAAUAAUGAUGCUAAUCAGCAAUUAUCAUUAUCAAAAACGCCUCAUGAUCACAAGCCAUUAUUUUCACUUACUGAACGCCGUCAAAGUUUACCAUCAUUAUUACAUAAUCUCUUGGAACCAUCAUCAUCUGCACAACAUCGUCCAUCAAUUUCAACCGUAUUAAAUCAUAUUUUAGUCGAUAAUGUCAAUCAUGAACAACAACAAUCAUCAACAUUAUCUCAAUCAUCUACUUCAUUAACAGAAUCAGAUGAUAGCAGUGAUCAUCAUAAUAUGAAUAAUAAUAAUAAUAAUAAUAAUAAUAAUAAUAAUAAUGACUCAUUUCAACAACGACAACACUUCAAUUACGACGAUCCAUUUCAACUGACUGAAAAAUCUGGCAAUAAAGAUGAAAAUGACAAUGAACUCACGUUGGAUCAUGGUGAACUACAUGAUUUAUGUAUUAUGAAUAGUAACGAGUCAACCAAUGAACAUGUUACCAACCAACACUUUUUACAUCCACCCGAAGAAAAAUCUCGUAGUCUACUAGUUAAUGUUUUUCGUACACGUCGAUCAAAUGUUAUUUUGGAUUCAAAUGAUACUAAUGUCGUUGGUAAACAAUUAAGUGCUUCAGUUAUUAAUCUUGCUACAUCAAUGGGCAUACAUCGAAGAAAUAGUGCAAUACCGACUAUACAAGAAUCAACGCCUGAUCAGCGAAAACAUGCCGUAUCAGAAGAAAAUUUACUAGCAAUCGAUAAUACAUAUAUUUAUUUUAAUAAUAUUAAUGGGCAAAAUUUUAAAGAAAAAUUAAAAUAUUCAACUAUAUCCGAAGAUACAACUCUACGUGAAAUGUUAAUAAAACUAUUCGAAAAAUACCAUCUUUCGCUUGAUACGUACAAUAUUUGCUUGCGAAGUGCACCCACUUUACCAUUGUCCAUGGAUCAACCAGUUAAACAUCUUUUAUUGGAUGAUCUUGUUGUAACAGGUAUUAAAAACAAAAAGCUUGCUUAUGUAAUUUUCUUCCUCUAA